AUGACCACCUCGUGCUCAUCGGAGAUCAGCGACGACGAUCAAAAAUUGUUGAAGGAAUUGCGGUCGCGAAUCGCGAAAGAGCUCGCACUCGUGCCGGCCUAUGACGACGAUUUUUCGCUGAUGCGCUGGCUCGUCGGCUGGGAUCGCAAAAUCGAGACGGUGGUGCCGAAAAUCAAAUUCUCGUUGCGCGCAAUUCACGCGAUGGGUCUCGACACCGCCGAUCUGUCGACAUUGGACCUCGUGACGGCCGCGUGCGACGAGUGCAGCGUUCCGCUUCAAUAUCUCCCUGGAUCGCUGAUCGGUCUCGACAAGGAGAACAACGUCGUCUCGCUUCAGAUGAUCGGCCAUUUGGACGCGUCGGGUCUCGUGCCGUCGGUGAAAAACUCGGACCUCUACAAAAUGCGGAUCACGGAAAGCGAGGGUGUCAUGCAGGUGAUUCGCAAACUCGAAAAACAGCACGGCAAGCCGUUCGGAACAUCGGUGAUCUUCGAUCUCGACGGAUUGUCCAUGUCUCAAAUCGAUAUGGCCGCGUUGAAAUGCGUCACCGCCAUGUUAACCCAAUUGCAGGAGAUGUUUCCCGAUGUGGUCCGCAAAAUCUUCAUCAUCAACGUGCCGACGUUCAUUCAGGUGCUCUGGGGCAUGAUUUCGCCAUGUUUGGCGAAACAGACACAGCAGAAGGUGCAGAUAUUGGGCAACGAUUGGAAGGACCAUCUGAAGGAGCACAUCGGCGAGCAUGUGUUGUUUGAGAGAUGGGGUGGCAUUCGCAAAUCCGACCACGAAUACGGCACCGUGAGAAUGGGCGGCAAAAUUCCGCAGGAGCUGAUGUAUGACGCGGCGAACGAUCUGCCCGCCGAGAAGCUGACGAAACUCACCAUCUCGGCGAGAUCGACCGCGUUCGUUCCGAUCACUUUGGACGGCCAUCAAGCCGGCCGAAAACUCUAUUGGUGGUGGCGAAUCGAGAGCAACGACAUCAAUUUCGCCGUGUAUCGCGCCGCCGACGGCCAGGAGAAGGUCGCCGAGCACGACGAUGACUAUAUGGUGUGGCCGAAGUUCAAACUGCAAACGCAAUAUGUGCCCGAAGACGGAGAGGUUUUCGCCGAAGAGCCGGGAGUUUACAAAUUCGUCUUCGAUAACACUCAUAGUACGCUGAGAUCGAAAACGGUUCGAUAUUUCAUCGAAGUCCGACAGAAAUAA